AUGAUGAUGGUGCUGGCGAGGAGCGCGUCGAGGUCUUUAUCGACAGCGGGGCCGCUUUUUUAUCUUCAACAUCAUCUUACGAAGAGAUCUCUUUCUGCGCGAAGCCUCCGACACCGUCUUCUCAUUCCCUGUUUCCUCUUGACCUUGAUAGCGCGGGAAGUAGCUGUUGUGCAGAUGACAUCAAACGGAGUCGGACUUGUAGAAGAGGAGCAGCCUGAUGAAAAUGAUUAUACUGGAGGACGAGGUGGUCUUCAUUUUGGUUUUGGUCCGUCUAGCAGCUGGCAAGGGCGACGAGGGGGCCAUACGCUUGCAGGUGAAGAUGUUGGAGAAGAGGAACACAUCGUGGCAAGUGGAACUACAACUCCAUCCCGGGUGCAUAUUUUCACGCACGAUCGGGCUUCCACCUCCACGUCCUCCGAGCAUGAAAGUACAACAAAUUUGGCCGCGUUUGAGGAAAGACAAAGACAGCAAUUGCACAACUAUGGUCAUCUACAACAACUUCACGCUGCUACUGCUAGUUCAUCUUUCCUCGGAGAAGUUGACGCGAAAAACACGAAAGAGCAUCCUACGACGAGCGGCCAUCGACGUGUAGUGGCGGGCCGCAAAAUAAAUGCCGCAGUGGUCGAAAAUGAUGGCGCGGUAGAUGUGCACGAACAAGACGAGAAGAUCGGCGCAAGACGGGUCGUCGUGCAAGAGGACGGCAGCACUAGUAGUGCCGGUGUUUUUGGGCGGAUGAACAGCGACGUGAUGAAUAGUAACUACGGGGGCGAGGACGAGAGCCACUAUGCUAACGUCGAGGACGACGAGAAUUCGCAUUCGACACAAACAAGCGUCGAAGCGAUGUUUUUGCAACAAGGGGACAACCUCGUGCAUGCGAGCAACCACGAGAACGUCGCAUUCGACGAGGUGGACCACACGGACCCAGCACCAGCAUCAAGAAAGUCAACGACAUCUGCAGCAGGAAGGCCGGCGCGCUUUGAAAAAAGUACUUCUCAAGGGGUGGAAAAUAAUAUUUCUCCGGGAAGCACCACCACGACAAGUUCGAAAGUAGGACGCGGCGCAUCAUCAGCACUUCUCGAACUACAGGCCGCGGCGGCGGGGGUGCAAGAAGCAGGAGAUGUUGAGCAGGACUACGCACGACGAGACGAGGACUCUGCACCCGAGGCGCAGCGAGAAGUAGGAGCGGUGCGGACUCCUGCAGCUGCUGCUGCUGGUUCCUCUAGUUCUUCAUCUGCCUUGUCUUCCGCUACGGGGUUAGUUGUAGGUGCCGCGGCACCACCAGCUGCCUCUCCACCUGCUCCGGCCGCGUUUGCGGACCUGUUGCGGCAGCAGCGGGAGUGGUUUGAGGAGCGAAUGAAUGUAGUCGAAGGGGAGUUGCAGGAGCUGAAAGACAAGCGUGCCGAGGAUUUGCGGGAGGAGGAAGGGAUGCGGAAAAAGAUCCGGGACGCCGGCGCCGUGAACGAGGCGAUGCUGGCCCGGCUAGUGGCCCUGAACGCGGGGCAGCAGCGCGCCUUCUUUGCCUGGUCCUCGGUCAUUCUCACCAUCGCGAUUGUGUGCAUCGUGAUGGGCCUCAUCCUGCCGGUCCGCAUGGUGUUUCUUCCCGAGGUGGUGGUCAACCCGCGGGACGCGUCGCAGCGCUUCGUGCUGUUGCCCUGGGACUUUGCCGAGCACGGGACUUUGUCCUCCGUGGUGCAGAUCACGGGCACCCCAGAGGGCAAAAUUUGGUCCGCGGCACUGGUGAUGUACAGCGCUAGCGUCCUCCUGUCGCGCUACACGUUGGAAGUGCACCGCCCGUGGUGUCCCUGGUCGGACCAGGGAACCGCAGCGAACAAUGUGCAAGUUAUCCUGCUUGUGAAAACGAAACUGUGCGUCACCGUCACAUCAGAAACGCUUUGCAAGGCGCUUGUUUUCACACCAAAACGCUUCUGAUGUGACUGUGACGCACAGUUUCGCUGUCAUACUGCCGGCUGCCCAGUCCGUAACCGAGGUGGCGCUGCGGAUCCUCUGGCUGGUGUUUCCCGUCGUCUGUUUCUGCUUCGCCGCGAUGGUCUACGAGAAUGCACAACUCCCCCUCCCCCUCAUUUUUAUAUGCAAAAUACCGAAUUAGAUUUUGAAAUUUAUAUUUAAAUUUUUCAUUUUCACCUCUUCCUUGCCUUCAUUAAGCACUCUGCGGAUGGCAAGUUUUGGACGCUCACACGGGACUGCAAUCCAUGUCUGGGUUAUUUGUCAUGCAAAAGCUACAUUUGUGCUAUUGCUUUUGCUGCUGCAGCUCAUGCCAUCUACUUCAAUAACUGAGGGGGAGGGGGAGUUGUGCACUCUCAUACGGCCCCAGCGGCGAGUUAUGAAAGGAAAAAGAUUGACGAGCAGGAGGAGGAGGAUGUGGAAGAUAGCGGAGAAGAUGAAGUACCACCCUCCGCGUUUGCAGAGGUACAAAAUCAAACUGAAGAGGCACAGUCACUCCUCGCCGCGUCAGCGACUUUUUCACAAGUGGAGCAACCUGGUGAGAAGUUCUCUAUGACAAGGAGCAGCCCACAGAACGAGCAGGCUUCCGUCGAUAAAAGUGAUGUACUAGAAGUGGGAGAUGAGGGCGGCGGGGACGAGCGAAGCGCUCCAAAAAAACUUGUGACUGCCCGCAUUUUCGUGCGGUUCUUUCUUUUCGAAAACGCUUGCAGGGCUGCGUCGUUCACUGCGACUCAGCCCUCCGGAAAACACAGCCGGCCCUACCGCAAUCGGCGCUGUUUUGGCGCCUUGCUGACACGGUUUCUUGGCUUUGGCAGGGCCGCCAGUUCUCCGUUGUUCCGCCCCUUUCGGAACGGCCUCUGUUUGCAAGGGCGCGCGUAGGCGUGGAUGUGUCCCGAUGCCUCGCGCGCUGGUAUGGUCGCCACAGGCUCUCCUCCCUGGCCCUUGCUUAUUCUUCUUACUUUCGACAGACCGACGAAGCUUUUGGCUUCGGCUGGCGCAUGUCUCUUCACAAAUGCCCCGCCAUCUGAUAGAUACAACCCUUUGCCUUUGCGUGGGUCUGACUGCGGGAUCAGCUGUGCAUUGGGAAUGCCCUCAGAGGGACAUGCGGUGAGAAUGUGUCCCGAACCUGCGCAGGAUGUUGUCGCGGAGGCCUUUGCGCCCUGUGCAAUAGUGCGCUGCCUAAUCAAUGUCAUUCCCGACGGCAGAGUGCGCGCCGCAUUGGCCAAGUUGGCCCGCCAGCGCUUGCCGCGCGAGAAGAAUUUCGUUGGCGCCGGGGCUUCCGGCAGGCGGGAGCCCGCCGACCUCGCAGCCAUUGCAGGCACUGCGCGGCGACCCAAGGCGGCCAGAUUUUGGCUUCUGGCCGCCCGCCUGCGUAGGUUCGGUUGGCAGGAAUGAAGGUGCGAGAAGGCGCGGCCAAAAUCUGCGUGAAGGCACCAAAAGAAUUGGCAAAACGCAAGCCAAUCCGCAUGCUACAGACCCGAAAAAAUGGGAGACUUUCCGGACUUAGCCGCUUUGCGGCACAUUUCUUGGCCCGCGCAAGUUUUUCGGACUUUCGCGGAGGACGUUUUGCUCCAAGGACUUGCAAAAAACUUGUGAGAACACUUGCAAACGAGACGCCUUUUUUUCGCCUCCCGCUCGUUCGCCCCACGGUAUGGUGGGCGGAGCCUUCAAAUUUGCAAGUUUUCUGCAAGUUUUUUGCAAGUCUUUUGCAAGUCCCGGCGCAAGUUUUUUGCAAGUCCUUGGAGGCAAACAUCCGCGCCAGGACUUGCAAGACCCGGACUUCCGGGAGUCCUUCCACCGAAAACGCCUAAGUCCGGAAAACAGCAGCGCUUUUCGUGCCCAUACCAUGCUGAUUCGCCUGGUUUUUUGGGUCGUUUUCGUGCGCCGGCGCGAGUUGCCCGCGGCGCAAACCUCCUGGCGGAGGCUUCCCAAGCUGCCUAGCAAUGGUCGCCUUCCCUGGCUGCGCAGCACCUGGGGUGGCCGUUGUUCUCGGAGUAAAUGCGCCGGCCAUGGUUGUCUUUCGAUUCUGCUCUCAGAAUGCCUGCGCGGCUUCGGGCGAGCGGUUUCUUUGGCAGAGCGGGGCUUCUGCGUGCACAGCCAGGUAGGCAGCCCCCUAUGGCCACGGCCUUGCGCCCUCCACGGCUAGCCUAGGGCAGCAGGGUUUUGGGGCGUGGUCUGCCUCGCCCCGCCCAAGCCGGCAGGCUGGCAGGUGUGCCCGGCGCCCUCCCUUGGUAACCUCGCGGUGCCUUAUUAGUGUCUCUACCGGCGUGCACCUGCUUCACCUGGCAGGGGCCUUGGCGUUGCCUCCCCUUGCCUCCUUCGGGCGUGUGGUGCGGCUGUGGCUUCGCCUCUUCUGAAGAGGCCAGCCGAGCAAUGCCAAUUUUUGCCGGCCGCCAGGCCAUGGUGGAUAAUGUUGCCCCCGCUCUAUUGCUGGCUGUGCGGGUGCGGCGUGCCACACCAUGCAGGAUGGACCCGGGACACAUUGGGGCCGCACCGUAUGGCGGCCUGUAUUUCUGGCCAAUGAGGUGCCGGGGCCUGGGCCAGCGUGUGAUGGCGGCUGUGGCAAGAAUGGCGGCAGGGCACGGCCGCCACGCUUCUGCCAGCCCAGUGCGUCUUUUUUGCUGUGUUGGCGCCGCCGGGCUUCCAGCCAGCGGCGCCGUGCGCAUUCGCCCCCGAACGGGCGCGGGGGGACAGGCUAGCGCCACCCGGCCGGGCCACCCACGAAAAAAAACGCCCCGGAGGGCGGCGCCGGGAUUCUACAGAUGCUUGUGGCGCCUGCCGCCUGCUGCUGAAAAAGUCGUAUGCGCGCAAGUUUUGCGCAAGUCCGCAGCAAGUUCUGGAAUCGUCUCGCGCUAUCCACCGUUUUGGCUCUAAUAGAAGUGGGAGAUGAGGGCGGCGGGGACGAGCGAAGCGCUCCCCCCGGGGGCACAGCCGGGUUACCAAGGAGUGCGCCUUUCUGACCUGUCCGCGCAGGGCCCCGGAAAGGGACAAAUUUAUGGGUAGAGCCCCACAUCUACCAGUGAUUUUUACAGUCACAAACAUAAAUUUAGUUGUUAUUGCUAUGGUUGGUUAAAAGGGCACUUUCCCCGUCCUUCGUCUAGUUGGUUAUAACUCACAGUUUUGUACCAGCAAUAACAAGCGCCAUGUCCUUUGCCAAGUCGGUACGCGGUUUUGUUCUGACCUGUGGUGUUUCUUCUUCCCGUAUCAGUCUGAAGAUCUCACAUGGUGGUAAGUGAAAUAUCCGUCAGGGCAGUGUUCGUCUUAGUGUCAUACAGUGUUAGUCUCUUUACCUAUAGGCGUUGUUCGUCCCCGAUUCUGUUACUUACUGCUGGUUCUGUGGUGCGUAUACAGGUUUGUGUCCGUCGUCAAGUUCUUCCUGGUUUGUUUUUUUUUCAUGUCGUCUGACCCUUUUUUUGACUCAUAUGGACUCCUGAAGGGAUCGCUCUAUCGUGAUUUUUGGUGCCCGGCUCGGUUGGUGGUAGUUCUUGCUCGAAAGUCAGACACUGGCAGCACCCUAAAUUUCUGAAAUUCCCGCCCUAAAUUUUCAUGCAUGAGUCUGGUCAUCUAAGAUCAUCUGUGCCUGUGGUCUGUGUUUGCAUUAACUUCAUUCGCAUAAGAAUGCUUACUUUUUUGCCCUCGGUCCCUGCAGAUUUUGCUUGUCGGUUGUACCGCGACAAUGACAGCACUGCAAAUCUUUCUUAAGUUUCGGCUGUGCUGCCUGUGGCCAGGUCAAAAAUUUUGGUGCGUCACAUGGCAAAAUUGACUUUUUUCGUGCGGGUUUUUUUCGGUCCUUUUCGGUCCUUCGUCCUGAUUCGUACUCGGGCUCCAGCUUUCAUGACUAGCGUCGUUCCUGGAAGGUUAAAUGUUGUCCAUCCUUUUUUGGUUUCUCAACUUCUACUGGUAUUGCUCUCUGGUUUCUCUGAGCUCUCCUGUAAGUCUAUUCAGAAAUCAAUAGCGAAGAGGUUCACAAAAUGUCCAGCUAAGUCUUGUUUGUCAGUUUCUAGCUCGGGCGCGCGGGUCUUGUUUGUCAGUUUCUAGCUCGUGUGCGGUGUGGUCAGUUCAUGCGCAGAGGCGGUCUGCUCGCUCGGUGUGGGAGGUUGCUAUGCCGUAUCUUUUCUCGGCUGUGAGCGAUGGGUCGCUUGUCUUUUACAUACGGUAUACCCCAGUCACCGGGACGUGGGGGGCAUGAUGUAUGGCCGGGGUGAUUGCAGUUUGCUAGCCGGACAGGGAAUUUUCUUGCUUCCGCUACCGAUCACGGGCUGGGUUCCCGCGGCUUCUUUCACCGUCAUUUAGGUUUGGUGGGCGGCGCCCGUUCAAAUGGCAGUGUGCGACAUGAUGCGUCUCUUUCAGGAUUUUGGUCUUGGGGGCCACAGUUUCUUCUUGUCCAUUGCUUGGCGGAUCCUCAGAGGUUGUUAUUGUGGCACGCGGCCGCGCCGGAACUCGCCAUGAUGAGAGGAUUGUAGGUAUCGCCAGGUCGUCGAGGGGGAGGGCGUAGGACCUGUCGUGCGGGUUGUUCGAGAUUGCUUACAGGACGCGUGCGAGUAGAGUGGCUCCCUUCUAUGAGAGGGAUUUCCUUCUUCGGGUCCUCACAUACACUGCUCCUGCCGUUUGCGUAGUUGGUUUUCGCUGUGAAGGAUUCAUUUUUUUUUCCCCCUCCCUCCCACCCAAGUGGCCGCUCACGUCGUGCCGGUCCGCCCGGACAGACGUGUUGGUGGUGGAGUGGGCCGUUCCCCGCUACGGAAGCUAGGCCCGGCCUGCUUCGCCCAGCCCCUUCAGGCUCGAUCCAACGGGCCGCUUGGGUGUUGGCUCUGUCUGGAUAACACUCGGAAGGAACGCAGCGAAAGUACUAGAAGUGGGAGAUGAGGGCGGCGGGGACGAGCGAAGCGCUCGCGUUCCUGCAAUGGACAACGCGGAGGAACGGCUGCUGUUCAGCAAGACCGAGACCAGGACUCUGGGGUCCGAAGUCAAUAGAAAGCUGAUCGGGGUCAGGGCGCGGAGUAAAUCGACCGAUGCGCAUAGUUCUGCGCUGUCACAGACGGCCAUGACCCACGAGGAGGCAGUGAGGGAGGGCGGGCAGACCAGAAAUAACCUGCGCCACGGCCUGUGGCUUUCGCAGACGAUCCACGCAGUGUAUGCGCCGCUCGGCAUGGUUACCAUGCUCUGCUUCGAAUGGUACCAGCUGCGUAUGGAGGGAAUAAGCAUCGGGUAUCUGAGCGGACUCUUUGACCCCCGGAGCAGGGAGCCUUUUGCUGACGAGCAGGACUGGUCUGAUUACGUGCAGCGCCGGGUCCUUGCGCAAAACGGCGACGUUCGUACCGUGUGCCCUGACCUCGAGUACCAGCUGCGCGAGCGCUGGGCGUUUUCUACAUUUUUGCGCGUGCUGUACGUACAUGGGGCUCUUGUCACAGGGGCCGUCUUUGCGUUGCUUAACAUCGUGAUCGAGUGCCAGACCCAUUUUGGUGCUGCGAAAAGUCAAACUUUGGAGGGGCAGCGCGCGAUACUAGAAAUGUUCGACCCGGAGGACGAGGCAGACCCGCGGGAGCUCCGCGCCAGCGAAAGGACACCAAGCGAGAUCAUCAAACCCCGACUUUCAGCUAAAAGUACAAGAUCGACUGUGGUCCUGCUACCGCGCGGCGGAAUCAUCAAGCGGGUGAAAAAUCAGGUCUCUCACCGGCGGCAUAAUUCCUCGACCCUCCUAGCGGGGAAUGAGCAGGAGGGCGAGGCUCGGGACCACGAAGACGAUCAUGCCUCUGGUUCUUCGGUCGUCGUCCAAGUGGACCUGAAGAAGACGGCCUUGAUUAAGGAAGGUUCCUGGUCGUAUUGGCUGCCCUGCCUGUGCUUCACUGCGGAGAUACUGACCAUCGCAAUGGCGUUUGCACUUCCGGGCAUGGUGUGUUUCGAAAGGAUCAUCUCUUCCUGGGGUACGACAGGUGUCACAAGUAAGGGCGGCGCCCGCAGCAUUGGCUCCCUCGUGAACCGCUGGUACUACUAUGCAAUACAAAUUUAUUCCCGUACAGGUACAUGUACAAGAUGCAUACACAAAUUUCGCCAAUUUGGAGUGUAACACUUGUCAACAUGCUAAACUAGGCUCGAAGCUAAGUUUUGUCAUGCAGAGACCGUAUUUGUACGUGUCUGUAUGGGAAUAAAUUUACUGUGGAUAACUACGCCCUGUGGCAGAAUCUUCCGGACUGCGGCCUGUUCUGGGACUCGGUUUCCCCCGACCCCCAGUGUUUUCAGCCUACCAACGCGUUCGGGCACGUGGGCGCGAUCCCCUCGGAGCAGCUCCGAUUCGAGCUUGGAAACCACACGAAGUUGUGGUGGAUGCAGCCGUAUCCACUGCAAAAGCAUCGCACUCGUUCUUGUAGUCGCAAUCAUGCAUGUGCAUCAUGUGACAAAUCAGGCUUCCUAUUUGUUUCUGAAUCUGUGAUACAAAUUGAAAUUCCAACUUUCUUGUUGAAAAAAAAUGUCAUACGCUUUACUUAAACCAGUGCGAUGCUUUAUUUGCAACGCAUAAGCCGCCUGAGGUGACCUACACAACUUGGACAACAGAGCGGAUCGCAAACUACCAGCUGGGAACGCAAAUGACGGACUGGAAGCAUGUCAAAAACACCUUCAUUCCGGAAUGGAACGAGUAGGGAAAAAAAUACUAGAUGUAGAAACCAAUCGAUACUUGAGCAGAUUGGUCUGACUAGAAAAGUAAGUAUGGAUUUCUCUUCGCCCAGGCUACGAACAAAACAAAAUAAAAUGUUGCACCAGCAUGAGCAACAAACGGAACGAGAAAAUGUUGCACCAGAAAAAGUUCAUGUACAGUACCAGGGGCUCACUGGAAGAAGAUUUUUUCAGAAUCAGAUGCUUUUGGUGUAUCUGUAUUGCCCUUUCGUGAAAU